CUUUCAUUUAGAUCAUAAUCAGUCUCGAACGCGAUGCAAGCUACACCGUUAUCACAGAGAACAUCAGAAGAACCAUUACCAACAAAAACAGCACAAAGCACAGUCACAUGCAUCUACCAAGCCAGCAUUGCAAACCAAUGGAGAAACAUAUAUGUCUUAUGGUGCAAAAGUCUCAUUAACCACACAUUAAACCUCAAAAUCGAUAGCAUAAGAGGCGAACAGUUUCUUCACAGUAUCAAAAUUGAAGUUAAACCAUGGUUUCAUUGGAACAAAAAAGGUUGCAAGUCAUUCGAAGUUGACGGUAAUCAUAUCGAUGUCUAUUGGGAUCUACGAUCGGCUAAAUUCGCUGGUGGUUGUCCUGAGCCUUCUAGCGAUUACUAUGUCACGUUAGUUUGCGAUGACGAGGUUAUUUUGUUGUUGGGUGAUUACAAGAAAAAGGCUUAUAAGAGAAUGAAAAUGAAACCAACACUUGUUGAAGCUACAUUAUUGGUUAAAAGAGAGAAUGUUUUUGCAAAGAAAAGUUUUUCAAUAAAGGCUAAAUUUGAUGAGAAGAGAAAAGAGAGUGAUAUUGUUGUUGAAAGUUCAACUGUUGGUAAUAAAGAUCCUGAAAUGUGGAUUAGUAUUGAUGGAAUUGUUUUGAUUCAUGUUAAGAAUUUGCAGUGGAAAUUUAGAGGGAAUCAAACUGUUAUGGUUAAUAAACAACCUGUGCAAGUGUUUUAUGAUGUUCAUGAUUGGUUGUUUAGUGUUUCUGGAUCUGGGCCUGGGCCUGGUGUUUUUAUCUUCAAACCUGGGCCCACUGAAGUUGAGAUUGAUGAUAAAGGUGUUGAAGGUUGUGAAAGUGAUGAUGGUAGUGCUACUAGUGGUUAUUACUCAACUAAAAGUUAUACUCCUUUUGAGUCUUCCCUUGUACUUUGUGCCUAUAAACUUGAGUAAUAAGUUUAAGUUAUAAGGCUAAGAGAAGAGACCAAUUAAUGUUUAUAUGAUAGUGCGUGUGCG